UAGGGUUUUAAGCCUGGAAGCUCUUAGCUCACCGAGCUAUGUUUCCCACUUUUUCUCUCUCUAGAAUCUACAUCUAUUAAACAUAUAUUUCGGAGUUAUUUCUAGAAAGAGAGAGGGGUGUAUGCAUCCAAUUGAUUAUGAUAUUCCGUAGAAAGCUGUCUUAUACAUUGCCAUCUGCUGAGGAAUUGGGCCUUCGGCGCGAUUUGAUUAGAGAGAGAAAGAGAGAUUGGGGAGAGAGUGACGGAGAUCUUAGAGAGAGAAAUUUUGCCUAAGAAAAGUUUAGAGAGAGAAAUGGGGGCUGGUAGAGAUGUUCCAAUUUCGUUUGAAAGUGUGAGAGAUAAGAAUCUGAUGCAGCUCAAGAAACUCAACACUGUCCUUUUCCCUGUUCGAUACAAUGACAAAUACUAUGCUGAUGCCCUCUCGUCUGGUGACUUCACCAAGUUUGCUUAUUACGGUGACAUCUGUGUCGGUGCCAUUGCAUGCCGACUUGAGAAAAAAGAAGGCGGAGCCAUUCGAGUUUACAUUAUGACAUUGGGUGUUCUUGCUCCUUAUCGUGGCCUUGGGAUUGGAUCAAAGCUGUUGAUGCAUGUUCUUGAUUUGUGCUCUAACGAGCCAAAUAUAGUGGAAGUCUACUUGCAUGUGCAAACGAACAAUGAAGAAGCCAUCAGCUUUUACAAGAAAUUCGGUUUUGAAAUUACAGAGACCAUUAAGAACUAUUACACGAAUAUCACUCCACCUGAUUGCUAUGUUCUCACAAAGGUUAUUGCCCAUGCUAACCCGAAGAAAUGAUGCAUCCCCUCUCCCCUCUCUCUGCAACUGUCAUUAGAAUCAGCAAUGAAUCCUUGGUUGUCAAUCAACCCUGCCAUUUCAAAUGGUUGUGUUCCUUGUUGAGAGUUUUGAGCCUCUUGGAGAUUGUGUCGUAUGGUUUUGAGUCUGAUGACACCAUAUACAGCUGUGAUACUGUUGGUAGUAAGUUUGAAGGUCGACGUAUGCUCUCUCUCUGUCAAACCCCCACCCCCAAAAAACCCAAACAAAAACCGGGGGAAAAAAAAAACUUGAAUAUGCAAGUAUCAAAUGUUCACAGUUUUUUGGCCAGAAAAACGCUGAUUUUUAUGCAUUCCUGGUUGAAAUCCAGCAUUUAAUCCUGA